CAGGAUGGCGGCGACUAAGAGAAAGCGGCGUGGGGACCUGGAGGUUCAAGCAAAGAAGCCAAAAAAGAACCGGAAAGAUGCCGGGCAGCCAGCUAAGCAGGCCGAUGUGGCAAAAGAGGCGGAGGAAGAAAAAGAUCGUAUUCCAGGUCCUGUUUGCAAGGGCAAAUGGAAAAAUAAAGAGCGGAUCCUCAUCUUUUCUUCCAGAGGAAUAAAUUUCAGAACAAGACACUUGAUGCAAGACUUGAGAAUGUUGAUGCCUCAUUCUAAAGCAGAUACUAAAAUGGAUCGUAAAGAUAAGUUAUUUGUGAUAAAUGAGGUCUGUGAAAUGAAAAAUUGCAACAAAUGCAUCUACUUUGAAGCUAAGAAAAAGCAGGAUCUCUAUAUGUGGCUUUCAAAUUCACCUCAUGGGCCAUCUGCCAAAUUCUUGGUUCAAAAUAUUCAUACCCUGGCUGAACUAAAGAUGACUGGGAACUGUUUGAAAGGUUCUCGGCCCCUUUUAUCUUUUGACCCUGCUUUUGAUGACUUGCCACAUUAUGCUUUGUUAAAAGAAUUCUUAAUUCAGAUCUUUAGUACACCACGGUACCAUCCCAAGAGUCAGCCGUUUGUGGACCACGUGUUUACGUUCACCAUUCUGGAUAACCGGAUCUGGUUUCGGAACUUCCAGAUUAUAGAAGAAGACGCUGCUCUAGUGGAAAUUGGACCUCGUUUUGUCUUAAAUCUCAUAAAGAUUUUUCAGGGAAGCUUUGGAGGACCAACCUUAUAUGAAAAUCCUCAUUACCAGUCUCCAAACAUGCAUCGGCGCGUCGUAAGGUCCAUCACAGCUGCCAAGUACAGAGAGAAACAGCAAGUCAAAGAUGUUCAGAAAUUAAGGAAGAAAGAACCAAAGACUAUUCUUCCACACGAUCCCACUGCAGAUGUGUUUGUUACACCAGCAGAGGAGAAACCAAUAGAAGUACAAUGGGUGAAACCAGAGCCAAAAGUGGAUCUGAAAGCGAGAAAGAGAAGGAUUUACAAAAGGCAUCGGAAACUGCAGCAGAAGAUGAGCAGAGGGGGUGCCAAAUGAAUCCAUGGAUAACUAUCUCUUUUAGUUACUGUGUAUUUAUUUCGUAUUCCAUGUGUAAAUACUUUUAGUAUACAGAAUUAGCUGUCUGAUUAGGGCGCUAUUUUAAAAAAUUAAAAAUCUUUAAGUCAGUAUUGGUAUUUUUCUAAAUAAAGCAUCUUCAGAACUCACCAGCUACUUUAUUCUUUUCAGAGCCUCACUUAGUAUUGAGUCUUUAGCACACUUAACAGUUAUCUUGCCUUGUUUGCUUAGAAUUAUAGUUUGGUUAAGCUGAAAUUCAAAAGAACUAGUUGGGUCUGUAAUUACUUACAAAGAUGUUAGAGACUGGAUGGGAGGGUGGAGGUCAUUUCACUGAGCUUUCUCUGCUGAGGUCACUAAUUCACGAAGCCUUAGGAAGCAGACUUCUGAUCGUUAUAGGAUAUUUGAUUGCAGUGAAUCCCAAAAUUGUGGUGUUUACUGGAAAACCCUGUUUUUAGUUGUGGCUCAGCCUUAGCACACACCUUUAAUCCCCCUGACUGGAAUACAGACCAGAGAACAAAGAAAACAAAGAACAGAGAACAAAGUUCUGGGAGCAGCAGAGAAAAGGAAGUUGUACUGGGACAAUUGUACGGAGACAUGUUGAAAGAACAAGCCAGAAGAUUAGAACAGAUAGUCAGGGUUAAUUUAAGGCUAAGCACAGCAAAGAGGCCAAGAGAAAAGAUUGAUCAGCUUUGAGAAGAGUUUGAGGCAGAACACCUGAGUUGAAUUGAGUCAGCUAUCUGAGAUCAGAAAGAACUAGAAGGGGUGACAGAACUAGAAAGGGUGAGUUUAUUCGGUGUCUUGAGGCUGAAAGCAUUCUAGGCCUAGAUUUGAUUGUACAGAGGCUAGAAGCUUCCAGGACUAGGCCUAGGCUAGUCUGAGGCAGUAAGCCUCGGAGACAACAAUUACAUCAGGAGAAUAAGUUACUUUUACAUUUUAGUACCUGUACCAUUUAAUUCUUAGGCUUUAAAAAACAACUAAUACCUGUUUGUAAGCAACUUUAAUUUUAGACAACUUCAGAUUCUAGAUAGCAGUAGCAAUAGGGAAAGCAGCAACCUGAUCCACCAGUGGUGAUGGGGCUGGCUGGCUGGUGAGAUGCAUGGACAUAGAUGUUUUUUAUACAUACAUAUAUAUGUUAAAUUGUAUCAGAUGGUUUUGUCACACCUUUUCACUUAACAUGGUGUGUUUCCCCACACCUGCAGCAUGUUUACUGACUAAACAUGUAUGCUUUCUCCAUUCAAAGAUUUCUAAAUGUUUCUAGUGUUUCUAGUAUGGUGCCUGUGGUAAACAUUUCGGUACAGAAAUCUCUUUGUACAACACUUGUUAAAUAAAACUGGUCAAAGGUUUUUAGUAA